CGCGGUGGCUGCCGGGAUCGUGGUGAUGUGGCCCCCCCGCUUCCCCCCUCCCCGCCCCGGGAUGUCGGAAGAAACCAGGCAGAGCAAAUUGGCUGCGGCCAAGAAAAAGCUGAGAGAGUAUCAGCAGAAGAACAGCCCGGGUGUCCCUGCAGGAGCAAAGAAGAAGAAAAAGAUUAAAAAUGGCCAUAGUCCAGAGAGAACCUCUGCCAGUGAUUGUCAGUCACCAGAGAAUAUUCAGGACAUUCUGAAGGUGUUGGUGUCCGACCUUAACCGUUCCAAUGGGGUCUCGCUCCCCCCAUUAGACAAGAGGAAGGUGCCCACAGAUCACACUGCUCCUGCACCGCCAAGUACUGCUGCUGCCACUAUGUUUCUUGGUGUCGUCCCUUCCCCCGAUGCUGAUCUCACUCAGAGCCACGAUGCUGGCAAUUGCUCUAACCUCAUGGAGGAGACCAAGACUUUCUCAUCGACUGAGAGUCUGCGACAACUUUCUCAACAGCUCAAUGGCCUUGUGUCUGAGUCUACAUCCUACAUCAACGGGGAGGGCCUCACGUCUUCCAACAUGAAGGAACUGGAGAGCCGGUACCAAGAGCUAGCAGUAGCCCUGGACUCCAGCUAUGUAACAAACAAACAACUCAGUAGCACGAUAGAGGAAUUGAAGCAACAGAACCAAGACACUCUGGAUCAACUGGAAAAAGAGAAGAAGGAUUAUCAGCAGAAGCUGGCAAAGGAGCAGGGUGCCCUCAGGGAACAACUGCAGGUUCACAUUCAGACCAUAGGCAUCCUGGUGUCUGAGAAGGCAGAAUUACAGACAGCUCUGGCCCACACUCAGCAAGCAGCUAGGCAGAAAGCAGGAGAGUCGGAGGAUCUUGCCAGCCGUCUACAGUCCUCCCGACAGCGUGUGGGAGAGCUGGAGCGGACGUUGUCUACUGUGUCGACACAGCAGAAACAGGCAGACAGGUACAACAAGGACCUAACCAGAGAGCGAGACGCCCUCAAGCUGGAGCUGUACAAGAAUGGCAAAAGUAAUGAGGACCUGAGGCAGCAGAACUCAGAACUGGAAGAGAAACUUCGAGUCCUGGUGGCAGAGAAAGCAGCUGCACAGUUGGGGGCAGAGGAGCUGCAGAAGAAGUUAGAGAUGUCAGAGCUGCUGCUGCAGCAGUUCUCUAGCCAAUCUGAGGCUUCUGGCAGUAAUGAGCAGUUGCAACAGGCCAUGGAGGAGCGGGCUCAGCUGGAGAGCCAUGUUGGCCAGCUGAUGGAGUCACUGAAACAGCUCCAGGUGGAGAGAGACCAGUAUGCAGAGAACCUGAAAGGAGAGAGUGCCAUGUGGCAGCAGAGGGUACAGCAGAUGGCGGAGCAGGUGCACGCACUGAAGGAAGAGAAGGAGCAGAGAGAAGGUCAGGUACAAGAGCUGGAGGCCAGCUUGGCUGAACUCAGGAGUCAGAUGGAGGAGCCGCCACCUCCAGAGCCUCCAGCUGGGCCUUCGGAGGCCGAAGAGCGGCUGCAGGGAGAGGUUGAGCAGCUGCAGAAGGAACUGGAGAGUCUGACGGGUCAGCUGCGGGCCCAGGUGCAGGACAAUGAGAGCCUGAGCCACCUGAACCGGGAGCAGGAGGGGCGGCUGCUGGAGCUGGAGCGCGAGGCCCAGCACUGGAGCGAGCAGGCAGAGGAGCGCAAGCAGAUCCUGGAGAGCAUGCAGAGUGACCGCACCACCAUCAGCAGAGCGCUGUCACAGAACCGCGAGCUCAAGGAGCAGCUGGCUGAGCUGCAGAACGGCUUCGUCAGGCUGACGAAUGAGAACAUGGAGAUUACCAGUGCUUUACAAUCAGAGCAGCAUGUCAAGAAAGAGCUGGCCAGGAAGCUGGGAGAGCUUCAGGAGAGGCUGGGAGAGCUGAAGGAGACGGUGGAGCUGAAGAGCCAAGAAGCACAGGGUCUGCAGGAGCAGCGGGACCAGUGCCUGUCCCACCUGCAGCAGUACGCUGCCGCCUACCAGCAGCACUUGACAGCCUAUGAGCAGCUGACCUCUGAGAAGGAGGCACUGCACAAGCAGCUUCUGCUGCAGACACAGCUCAUGGACCAGUUGCAGCAUGAGGAAGUUCAGGGCAAGAUGGCAGCCGAGAUGGCCCGCCAGGAGCUGCAGGAGGCACAGGAGCGCCUAAAAGCUAGCAGCCAGGAGAACCAACAGCUCCAAGCCCAGCUGAGUCUCUUGGUCCUCCCUGGGGAAGGAGAUAUGGACCAGGAGGAGCAAGACGAGGAGGUUCCUCAGCCCAGUCUGACCAUCCCAGAAGACCUCGUCAGUAGAGAGGCCAUGGUGGCCUUCUGCAAUGCAGCGAUAGCCAGAGCUGAGGAAGAGCAGGCCCGACUCCGCGUGCAGCUGAGAGAGCAGAAGGCACGUUGCCGGAGCUUGGCUCACUUGGCAGCCCCAGUCCAAAGCAAGCUUGAAAAGGAGGCAGUGGUCCCCAGGGAUAUGGGUGACUCUGUAUCUGAGGAGAGCAACCAGGCCCUACAUGUAGCCAUGGAGAAGCUGCAGAGUCGCUUCCUGGAGGUCAUGCAGGAGAAAGUGGAGCUCAAGGAGCGGGUGGAGGAGCUUGAACAUUGCUGUAUCCAGCUUUCUGGGGAGACAGACACUAUUGGAGAGUACAUUGCCCUCUACCAAAACCAGAGGGCAGUGCUGAAGGCUCGGCAUUUGGAGAAGGAAGAGUACAUCAGCCGGCUGGCUCAGGACAAGGAGGAGAUGAAGGUAAAGCUGCUAGAGCUUCAGGAGCUGGUGUUGAGGCUUGUGAACGAGCGGAAUGAAUGGCAGGGCAAGUUCCUGGCCGUGUCCCAGAACCCUGCCGAUGUGCCUGCCCCAGUGCCCACAGGCUCCCAGGAAUUUGGCGCUGCUGACCAGCAAGGUGACCUCAGGGAGGUGAGCCUGGCUGACGAUACAGAGCCUGCACAAGGAGAGGCAGGGGUACCCGCUCCCCAGGAGAACCCCACUGCACAACAGAUCAUGCAGCUGCUGCGUGAGAUCCAGAACCCCCAGGAGCGCCCAGGCCUGGGUAGCAACCCUUGUAUCCCCUUUUUCUACCGUGCGGAUGAGAACGACGAGGUGAAAAUCAUGGUUAUAUAAGAGACUUGUGGCCAAAGCCUCACCAAGGGCAGCCAGAAGUUCUGCCCACCCCACCCCCUUCCCCAGCCACCCUUAUCCUUAAUAAUAAGGUCAGACCCCGCCCUCCAGGGGCUGGGGAAGUAGCUCAGUUGGUAGAGUGCUUGCCUGCCAUGCACAUAGCCCUGGGUCCCCAGCGCCCCUGAAAAGGCUGAUACCUGUAAUUUGAGUGCUUGGGAAGUGGAGGUGGGAGAAUGGGCCAUCCUCAUCUACCUAGUGAGUUUGAGGCCACACUGGGCUACAUGAGACCCUGUCUGAAAAACCAAAAGAUCGGACUCCUAUAUUAAUGGGGGAUACAAACUGGUACAGGUCUGCCUUUUAGCCAGGGCAGUUUUACCGUGUAAACUCCUGGUAGGGAAAGAGCACCAGAGACUCAGUGAUUGAGCAGACUGUGCUGGGUGGCCUGGGGACUUUCUCACCAAGGAGGGCCUCAGUCCUUGCUCGGGCAGGCCACUGGGGCAGAACAGUCUGGCAGCCUUCUCAUGACCAGGAGCAGCAUGGGCUGGUGGAUCGGCCUAGCAUUCAGC